AUUUCAAAAGAUGCAAAAGGUGAAACCAAAAACUGAGACAAGUUUCGCUUUCUUCAUAAUUCGUUCGUUGUUGGGUUCCAUGGCGAGAGUGAAGCACACGCCAGCUUCGCUCAAAGUUGGUAAAAAAAAAGUCAGUCGCGCUUCCACAUCCACGCCACAGCAAUCGCCUGCGACAAGAAGUCGUAGAAGGGCUCAAGAAGAGGAGCCGCAGGAAGAAGCAGCAGCAGCAGCGCCACAGACUCAGGGAAGGAAGAAAAAGCGCAGUAAGCCAGGAACAGCGGCGCUUCGCGAGAUUCGUCAUUUUCAGAAGAGUUGCAAGCUUCUUAUCCCGGCUGCCCCCUUUAUCAGAUGUGUCAAACAAAUUACACAUCAAUUCUCUACGGAGGUGUCUCGCUGGACGCCUGAAGCUGUGGUAGCACUGCAGGAGGCAGCUGAAGAAUGUCUAGUUCACUUGUUUGAAGAUGGAAUGCUUUGUGCAAUUCACGCUAGGCGUAUUACUCUUAUGACAAAGGAUAUUCAGUUGGCUCGGAGGCUUGGAGGAAUAGGAAGGCCUUGGUGAAUGCACAAUGCCAGACGUAAACACCACUAUGAGUGCUUUAUGCGUGUAAACCUUGUUGCCAAAUUAGAGUGUUUAUUUGGUAUUAUAUAUUAGGAAAUGUAAUGUAACUCAUUUUGUAGUUGAGACAACAAUUAUAGAACGCAAAUUAAGAAUCAACCAUUAUAGAAUGGUUUCUACGAUGACUUUAAAUUGAUGAGUGACGAAAUGGUAUAAAAUUGUACCAAUGAAAUAUUUCAAGUAAUAGUUUCCAUCCAUAAUGUUGAUGAACAAAUAAAAUCUAUGUGCAUUCAUACAUUA